AUGUCUUACCAAAUCGCCUACGACACUGCCCGCGCACCAGCCCGCGGCGCCGCGCUCGUCGCAUUUAUGGAAGACUUCUACCGCACUAGUGACAACGAGUCCCUGCAUGAUAAAUACGUGCAGAGCUUCACUGAAGAUGCAACGCUCAUCAUGGGACCCAAGGAGGCCAAGGGUGCAAGCGAAAUUCUCCACCUUCGCCACGGUCUUUGGACACAUGUUGCUUCGCGCCGACACACGCCGACGCAGAUCUACUUCGGCGGCGAUGAUGAGAUCAUGUUGUACGGUGGCGUGAACUAUAGACUCAAGGUUAACCCCGAUAAUGAUGUUUAUGUGCCUUGGGCUGGACGGGUUGUGUUUGCGCCCCAGAAGGGAAACGAGGAUAUCAAAAUCCAGUUCUAUCAGGUUUAUUUGGAUACUGCGGCUCAGUCUGGAAAGAAAUGA